CAGAACCCCUCCGUUUUGGGUGCAUAACAAGAGUUUCUAGUUUAUUGCUUGUAAGAGGAGAAGUUGUACAGAGCAGAUGCACAGCUGAUUGUGGUAUACAAGGUUGGCUGGCAUCUGCCGCAUCACGUACUUCAACACGGAACCCACUCCUAAAGCCGAAUGAUGUCUACAAUAAAUCUGACCUAAUCUCAGCCACCAAGUCAUACUGACAUACUACAUGUAACUGUAUUUAUGUUUGUGGAUCAGUUCCCAAACCUCAGAUUUAUUAUAAAUGCGGCUGGAUUAAAUCACAACACUAAAAAGGGCGAUGUACUUUUUCGUCAUUUUAUUGCACCGCGGUUCUGACAGUUAGUGUCAAAACGUGCCUUCGAAUAUUGCUUGCAGAGUUAUUUCUACUUCUAUCAAUUUCGAUGAAGAAAAUGGUGCAUCUGUAUCAUAUGUCACGAAGGCUCGACCGAGUGCUCAAUAUCCAUUUUGAGCAGUCAUCGGAGAUGUCUGAGGAUUCGGAAAAGAGGAAUGCAAUCCAAUCAGCAUCGAGCUGCCGCGACUAACGAGACUGAACCGCAGACGCGAAAAAGAUCCGAUAAUAUUCUCACGAUACCAUACCUUUCCAAAUUAGCUAUAUUGUAGUUUCACAACAUGACAUCAUACUUAUAUUAUGAUAAAACCUUGGUAUCAAAAAAUAGUAGCACAAUGCUUCACAUAUAAUAAUAUCCAUGUAUAAACAAAAACAAAAUAUAUUUUCAAUAGAGUUCCAGCUUUGAAAUAGAGACAUGACCCAUAAAAUGUGUUCGCUCAAAUAAAAACAAUGCCCAGCUUGUGUCUAGCUGAAGAUAUAUGACAGUCCAGAUGGUAACACCCAUAAUUACCAUGUGAAAAAGUGUGUGUGUGUGUAUAUAUAUAUACACUGAUUUAUUGAUUGAUUUGGGACAGGGUGAGGGCGCCCAUGGCAUUUUUAUCCAGUUGUUGCAUGCACAGAAUGCGUAAAAAAAAUUCCAAAACAAACAAAAACACACGACAGAGGGGGAAACGAUAUGGAAGGAGGGGGCAUUAAAAAAAAAAAUGGGGGGGGGGGCAGUGCACAGCAGGUUUGUGACCACAGCAGCCUGAAGAGGAGGAAGAAGAGGAAGAGGAGGAGGAGGAGGAGGAGGAGGAGGAGGCGGUGGCGGGAGGAAGACCAGCCAGGCAGCAGUGUGGCUGCAGACGUCGAGAGAAGGAGCGGAAGAAGUUAAGUGUGACCAAACCUGGUAGGUUUACUCCUCCUCCUCACCUGGAGGAUCCAUGAAAGAAGCCAUGCCGGUGCUCACAGCAGGAGCAGGUGAGAUGAGACCCUUGAUGUCAUCUCGGCCGGCUCGAUCAUGUUCCUUAAUCCUCUUCCUCCUCGACGUUGUCGUCCUCUUAGGGCUCCACGAGACAUUGGCCCUGCUCACCUCACAGCUGAGGCCCGAUGCCAACCACAAGGAGGACAUGGUCUUCCUCAAGGAUGUCUUCAGCGAGAGAAGCUUGGCGUACCUGAUGAAGAUCCAUGAGAGGUUGAGACAGUAUGAGAGACAAAGUCCAACUCCUGUCCUGCAUAGCGUCUCCUCUCUAGCCGAAGACGUGACAGAGGAAAUGCAGAGUCGCCCAAUGAACACGGAGGAGCGGGAGCUGCUGCAAUUGCUGACAUCACCGCAUCUCAAAGCCCUUCUGUCCGUGCACGACACGGUGGCUCAGAAGAGUUUCGAUCCCGUCCUGCCGCCGCUGCCAGACGACUACGAUGAUGACCUGGAGGAGGAGUCGGUGAAGAUUGUGCGCCUGGUAAAGAACAAAGAACCUUUGGGCGCCACCAUCAGGAGGGACGAGGCCACUGCGGCGGUAAUUGUGGCUCGUAUCAUGAGAGGGGGCGCAGCGGACAGAAGUGGUUUGGUCCAUGUAGGAGACGAACUCAGGGAAGUCAACGGCGUCUCGGUGGUCCACAAGAGGCCCGACGAGAUCAGUCAGUUGCUGUCACAGUCGCAGGGCUCCAUCACUCUGAAGAUCAUCCCUGCGAUUAAAGAGGAAGACCGACUGAGGGAGAGCAAGGUGUACUUGAGAGCCUUGUUUGACUACAUCCCUUUGGAGGACAAAGCUACGCCAUGCCAGGAGGCCGGUCUUCCCUUCAAACGUGGCGACAUCCUGCAGGUGGUGACCCAGGAUGACCCUACGUGGUGGCAGGCCAAGCGAGUGGGUGACAGCAACCUGCGUGCUGGACUUGUCCCGUCCAAACACUUCCAGGAGAGGCGGUUGGCAUACAGGAUGAAAGUGGGCACACUCCCCAAUCCCAAGUCCCCCAAAACGCCUUCCUACGAUCAAGCGUGCGAUAAAGACGACUGUGACUGUGAGGGCUAUUUCAAUGGACAGUACAUAGUCUCUCCUAAGCGUAACGCAGUGAUGCCCUCCUGUGGUCAGGUGUUUUCCUGGGAAUUUUAUUCAGCCGGCCUGCGCAGGAGCUUCCGCCUGAGUCGGAAAGACCGACAAGGCUCCUCAAGUGACGGCUCUGACCCGGGAGACUCUGAGUUCCUGACCUACGAGGAGGUGACCCGCUACCAGCAGCGGCCCAACGAGAGGCCUCGACUGGUGGUUCUGAUCGGUUCUCUCGGAGCGCGGAUCAAUGAACUCAAGCAGCGGGUGAUUGCUGAGAACCCGCAUCGCUAUGCGGUGGCAGUACCACAUACCACCAGGCCCAAGAAACCUCAUGAGAAGGAAGGUGUGGAGUAUCACUUUGUCACCAAGCAGCAGUUUGACACCGAUGUCGUCAACAACAAGUUCAUCGAGCAUGGCGAGUACAAGGAAAACCAGUACGGCACCAGUAUCGAGGCCAUCCGCUCCGUACAGGCCAAGAACAAAAUGUGCAUCGUUGAUGUUCAGCCUGAGGCCUUGAGAAGGCUACGGACGGCGGAGUUCAAGCCUUACGUGGUUUUUGUCAAACCCCGGGUUCCUGAAAGUAGACGGCGACGCACCACAGCGACCUCGCCGGGAGGGGCAGAGCAAGGCCGCAUUACGGACGAGGAUCUCCAAGAGAUGCGCCAGUCCGCCAUCCAGAUGGAUCAGCAGUACGGACAUCUGGUUGACCGGGUCCUGAUCAAGGAGGACUCCGCCAGUGCCUGCACAGAACUGCGGAGUAUUUUGGAAAGACUGGAGCGUGAGUGUUUCUGGGUGCCUCUCAGCUGGGUCCGGACCUAAAAAAAAAAAAAACACUUCACAUACCGCCAUCCUCCUCGGACUUGAGGGUCUCCUGCACUUGCCAUGCAGGACUCGGCGGGGAACUGAAUCAAAAUUGCAAAAAUCUGCCACUUCCUGAACGCCACAUCUAUCAGGUUUGCUUUGAAGAACUGCUUAAUGAAUUGCUGCCUGGCAUGAAGGAGCACUCAGCUUUACCACCACUCCAGUUGGAGUCGAUCAAGUAGCAUGUUUUGUAAUGAAUAAAGAUAACAAACGGAAUGCUUCCCGGAGACUAAAAAAA